UCUCCUCCUCUCCCAUUCCAAUAACAUCCUCCCCCUCCUGGUCCAUCUGGUGUGGCGCUCUUUCACAUCCAGCAUCAUGGACGUCGUCAAUCAGCUGGUGGCCCAGGGUCAGUUCAGGGUGCUGAAGGUUCCCCUGGGCUUUAUCAAGAUUCUACAGUGGUUCUUCUCCAUCUUGGCCUUCUCCACAUGCGGAAGCUACUCAGGAAUGCUGCGCAUGGCCGUGGAGUGCAAGAACCGCACGGAAAGUGACUUGAGCAUCGAGGUGGAGUUCGAAUAUCCUUUCAGAUUGCAUCACGAGUACUUUGACGCCCCCACCUGCAAGGGUGGCAACCCGGAGCGUAUCUUCCUGGUCGGCGACUAUUCCUCCUCGGCGGAAUGCUUUGUCACCGUCGGCGUCUUCUCCUUCUUGUAUGCCACGGCAGCACUCAGCGUCUAUGUCUUCCUCUUCGACAAGUACAAGGAGAACAACAAGGGCCCACUGGUGGACCUUGGCGUGAGCGCCGUGUUUGCCUUCAUGUGGCUGGUGAGCUCAGCGGCAUGGGCCAAGGGUUUGUCGGACGUCAAGGUGGCCACAGACCCAGACCAGGUCAUCACUUUGAUUGGAGCCUGCGACGCGGAAGAGAACCGAUGCCGCGAAGUCCACGACCCUGUCAUGUCUGGACUCAACACGUCUGUGGCAUUCGGCUUCAUCAAUGUGGUCCUAUGGGUGGGAAACCUGUGGUUCGUUUUCAAGGAGACGGGCAUCAUCGCCCCCUUCAUGCGAGCUCCACCUGCUCAGGAGAAACCCCCUACUGCUACUACCGCGCCAGGAGCCUAUGAGCAAGAUCCCUACGCCAGCAACCAGGGGAGCUACCAGCCUGACUACAACCAGCAGGGCUACAGCCAGGACGCAGAGCAGGGGGCGCCCACCUCUUUCUCCAAUCAGAUGUGAACCGACGGGAAGUUGGAAGAAUCGGAAGCGAGUGCCUGCUUGCAGCCGUCCCAUCAUGCAACACUCCCGGGGGCAGGGGAGUAACCGGGCGUUUGAUUAUUCACGUUAAGCAAGUUGACACCCUGUCAAUAAAUAAAUAAAUAAUCCAAGGUCUAAGCUGACACUCGAACAAACUAACAAAGAUCAAACAAAUGAAAAGAAAAUAAACACAUCAAUAAAUAAAGUGUAUAUAUCGAUAUAUCUUCAUAUAUAUCUGUUGCAAGAAAGUAUCCAAGCCAUUUGGAAUGAUUCCUGGAUUUCUGCAUUUGUCGGUCAUAAUAUGUCUGACGAUCUUUAUCAAAGCCAUGACUCAUAAGCGUUGGCAAACGAUUCCACACGGAUGAGACGGUGUAUUAUCAUGUGUCACGUCAGGCAAUGCUGCUU